AUGUCCACUUUUGACGGCGUGGUCGAAGGCAGAGUUCCCCGAGAUUCAAAUGACCACUUGCAGGGCCUCGAGUCCUUCCGGGCUCCUUUUCUCUAUUGCUCUCCAGCCACGCGAGAACUUUUGCUGCGGAUUGAAAAAUAUCCACAUCGCAUGAAUUUCAACAAAGGCAUCUUGGAGUCUCGCCGGUUACAUUACAAGCAUUUGGCAAAACUAUUGCGCCCUAUCCCUUUGAAUACUCCGACGGAGAUUGAGCUCACCCCAAGGCAGCGAAUCCGGGUCACUCUAUUUGAUGCCAACCACUGCACAGGGGCAGUGAUGUUCCUGAUUGAGGGAAAUGGGAAUGCAAUCCUCUAUACGGGUGAUAUUCGAGCGGAACCAUGGUGGGUCAAUAGCCUGGUACGGCGUCCGGUAUUGAUUCCAUAUACAUUGGGACGAAAGCGGCUAGACAAGCUAUACCUUGACACCACGUUUGCUUGUGUGGCAAAUCCAUUCCGUGAAUUCCCAUCCAAAGCCGAGGGACUGGCUGAACUAUUUCAAAAAAUGGAAGCCUAUCCCAAGGAAAACAACUUCUACUUCUGCGCUUGGACAUUUGGCUACGAAGACGUCUGGAUUGCUCUCUCGGCAGCACUGAACACCAAGAUCCACGUGGAUCGAUAUCAGAUGGGCCUUUAUCGAUCUCUCGCCCAUACGUCAGGCAGCCGGGGGGUCAGUGAAGCUCCUGCUCUUUGCGGCUUUGAACUGGGAAAUAGCACUGUGGCAGGCUGUCUGAGCAACGAUGAAAACAGCCGCAUCCACAGCUGCGAGCCUGGGACAUCGUGUCAUGUGGCUCGCAGCCUUAACACGGUCUACAUUGUGCCCAUUGUGAACCGCACGGCCGAUGGUGCCGAAGUACCCGAGGUUGGUGCUGGCGGUGGAACUGGCGAUCUAUACCAGAUCCACGAGCUGGAGCUACCGGAUGAAGCUGCCCUAGCGGAGCUUGAGAAGCUGUGUUUUCAGCACAUCCACGAUGAACAAGCCCUAUCCCAGAUGCGAACUGAUCUUCUGAAAGCGUACCAAUCAAGAAGGCAAGUCCUGUCUCUCGACAGCUACGGUGUCAAGGAAGAAGAGGAGAUCUCUCUUGAAAAGCUAGUCACUAUGCUCAGUCGAGGCGCCGCAGAUGGCAAUAUUCGAACCUCUUGCGAUACAGGCAGUAAUUCCAGACUUGAUCUGCCUAAUACCAUCCGUUUUCCGUACUCACGCCACUCAUCAUACUCCGAACUCUGUCAGCUCGUUGCUGCGCUCCGGCCUAAAGACAUCCAUCCAUGCACAGUGGACUCUUCUUCUUGGAGUGAAAAAGUCUCCAUUGGGCGACUGUUUGGUCACCUGUGCUCAGGGGACGAGUUUACGCACGAUGAUCAUAUGCGGAAAAUUAUUGCUGAUUCUGCUUAUGAAGAGGAUCUGCGCCCAAGGAAAAAGGCCCGCUACGAGAUAGACGUGUCAACGCAAUCCACGCAGGAGUUUAACAGUCUGAGCACAACGGAUCCCGGCGAGCAAGGCCGAAAUGUGAAUCAAGAUCUCACUCGCCAGAUAGGUGAAUUCGAUGGAGAGCCAGAGUCACCAUUGCAUCGUCCACAGCCGCAACUGUCCCCUCCACGAAACACUUCUUCAGUCCAAGCACCAACAAUAAACCCCAGCAAGCACCUCGAUGUUGGGUGCUCAACACCAGCCACAGCGAGAGCAAAGCGCAACGAAAUCCGCCGCGCUCACCGUUACCUACACGACCACGCCGAGCCAGGACUAUUCCAAAUUGGACCCCUUCCGUCGUCGUGGCCAACCGAUGCAGAGGAUGGCUUUGAAGAGGAAGAGGAAGAGGAAGAAGCAGAACAAGACAGAGCAAUACAAGCGCAAAACACAAGCCAUGACUCCCUCGCCACCAUUCAUACCGAAUCAGACAAUUAUCAAGGGAGCGACACAGACAUCGCCGGCAAUAUCACCACAUCCCAGAGCCCAGAUCACCAGCAGCCCAACACCCAACCGGCAGAAAGCCAACACACCGAUCCCCUCUCGCUCUCCAUCUCCGAGUCCGUGCUUGCAUCGCCGCCGCUAGAUCAGGGAUCCUCGCAUGCAGAGACUCAAAGUGGGCUGGGCCAAGCUCAAAUUAGUGCUCGUGCCCAUGCCCGUGCCCGUGCCCGAGUCGCAGCGUACCUAGCGGCCAGAGAGGAUACGUAUUCUGCGUGGACAGAGGUGUCGCUGGUUUCGGUGGAAAAUAACCAUGCUGAAGAGGAGAUUGAGCUCUGA